AUGAAGAAAAUUCUCUUGAUUAGUCUUAUCAUUGUGCUGUCAUACUAGACAGUAGAAUAUAAUACAUAUGAUGAAUCAUUUGCAAAACACUUGUUUUACUUGACAUCAGCAAGUUAUUGCAGUGAGUAACACAUUAAGAGUUGGAACUGCGGUAAGCCUUGCAAGGAACUUAAACCAAUAACUGAUAUAACAUUUUUUAUUAAUGCAACCAAUGAGAAUGCAGGAUAUGGUGCAUAUCAUCCAGAAACUGAUGAAAUCUACUUAGUUUUCAGAGGAACUUUACCAUGGAGUCUCACUAAUUGGAUAGAGGAUAUAGACUUUAUAAAGACAGAUUAUCCUUAUUGUCCUAACAAUUGUGAAGUUCAUAGAGGUUUCUAUUACUCCUUCCUGGGAAUUUAGGAUUAAGUAUUGAAUUGCUUGAAAUCGUUGAGCAAGAAAUACCCUCUGGCCAAGAUAACCAUUACUGGGCAUAGUUUGGGAGGUGCUUUAGCCAAUCAUGCUCUUGUGUAUUUGACAACAAGAGGCUUUACUAUUAGUAAAUUCUACACUUUUGGGUCACCAAGAGUAGGUGAUAAGAACUUUUUCACUUAUGUUAACCAACAAUUGUUUCCUGGACCUAAAUUUAGAAUCACUCAUAAUCAUGAUCCAGUUCCUCAUCUUCCAGCACUCAUUUAAGGAUUCCAUCAUGUGAAUCAAGAGGCCUACUAUAAAGAUUAUUUACUGGUCAUCCACAAGAAAGUUUAAAUGUGCAAUGAUAAUCUCAAAGAAGAUGACAGUUGCUCCAAUUCGAAUAUUGCUGAUUUAUCAGUAUCUGAUCAUACUAAUUACAUGGGAUAUGAUAUGGCAGUAGAAUUACUCACUUGUUAGUGA